AUGGAAGAGGUUGAUGGCAUCAUUAUUGCAACACUCAGAGAUGUAGGAUGUGAGUUUGAAGAAGAUGUGACAAGUCUAACUCAAUUUUCACCUGAUAUGGUAGUAGAAGCUUCUGUGCGUUGUUUGAGGAUUAUCAUUCCAGAGUUUGAAAGCUCCACCCAUCUUCCUGAGGCAAUGUCUGCUCGUUAUCGUAUGUGUACUGGACUGGCCAAUACUUGUCAAAACUUAGGAUAUCAAGCUGAAGUGGGUUAUCAAACAUUUUUGUAUUCAAGUGUUAAAGAUUGGCGUAAACUCCUCAUGUUUCUACUGGAGAAAUUGCCGAAGGAAGUGCUCAAGGAGGAAGAUGAGGCUCCAUCUGCUAUGGAAGCCACCUCUGAAGAGGACUCCAACGAACUGGUACAGUCAAGUUCUGAUCGACUUGUUAAACUGGCUGGUAAGUGGGAGGAAGUACGAGGACCUUUGAUACGAGAUCUUCGAGAGUUAAAGUCAAAUCUGAUACCACAGAGUGUUAAAGAUUGGCGUAAACUACCUCAUGUUUCUACUGGAGAAAUUGCCGAGGAGGAAGUGCUCAAGGAAGUGAUGACCAAAACAGGAACUGGUAUUCUACUUUCUCGUAGUAUAGCAUCUGAAAUAGCUACAUCACUUCAAACACCAUGGACACCAUCUUAUUGUAAAAGAAGGUCAACACGAUGGUCAUCAUCUACAACCUGGAAUAUUGAGGAAUACCGAGCACGUAAAAAACAGCGUCUUCAAAAGAAAUUAUCAGAACAGUUACGUGCUCACAAUAAAAUGGGACAAGGUUCAGGACCCCUUGGAUUAGGGUCUGAUUUAAGUCAAAUAAUGUCGUCAUUUCUUGAGCGAUCUGGAGGUCAACAUGGAAAAGGCUCUCGCUUCCAACAUGCUGAGAAGUUACAGUUUGCUAAACUAAAAAUAAAAGAGGAGGAAGAUGCUUAUCGUAUUAAGAAAGGGACGUAUGAUCUUCUGCCUAAUGCUGAUGAAAAUAUUGCUAAAUUAAAGGAACUGGUACAGUCAAGUUCUGAUCGACUUGUUAAACUGGCUGGUAGGUGGGAGGAAGUACGAGGACCUUUGAUACGAGAUCUUCGAGAGUUAAAGUCAAAAUCUGAUACCACAGAGGGUCAGGAAAUUGUGUUGUGUAGAGGUUAAUAAUUUUCUCUGUAGUUGGAGACACAGGAGCUUCUAGAGGAGAUCAGAUUACUUAGAGAGAAAAUGAAAGAAGUUGCUGAUGAAACAAGAUAUAAAGAUGAAUUGUAUAAACAACUAGUCGGAGAGUUUGAGCGUAUGACAAAGGACACAAGCAGAUCAGCUUAUACUCGUCGUAUUAUGGAAAUUGUAGCUAACAUACAAAAACAAAAAGAAGAGAUUAACAAGAUAUUAACAGAUACCAGACGUGUUCAAAAGGAGAUUAACCAACUUUCUGGAAAGUUAGAUCGUACUUUCAAAGUAACAGAUGAACAGAUAUACAAAGAUGUAAGGAAAGAUGAAGCUAGACGAUCAGCAUAUAAAUUGUUAGCUAGUAUUAGAGAUAAUUGUAAUAAAGUGGUCAGUUCUAUUCAAGAAACUGGUCAAAUUAAACGUGAACAAAGAGACUUAGAAGAACAGAUUGAUAGAGAGAGUGGUAAGAAGGUCACUUCUAAUCUUGAGAAAAUAAUGUCUGAUUAUCAAACAAAUGAAGAAGGAGAAUAG